AUGGCCAAUCAAGAAGAGAACAAUCAGGUAGAGAACAAGCUGUUGAGAGACUAUGCUGCGCCAAGUGCUAGAGGCCUGAGAUCUAGUAUUAGAAGGCCUCCAAUUGAAGCAAAUAACUUUGAACUGAAGCCUGCUUUACUGAAUAUGAUCCAACAACAUCAGUUUGGAGGAGCACCUACGGAGGAUCCAAAUCUUCAUAUGGAAGUGUUUCUGGAAUUCUGUGAAACUCUUAAAUAUAAUGGAGCCUCUGCAGAUGCGAUCAGAUUGCGACUUUUCCCUUUCUCUUUAAGGGACAAAGCACGAGCUUGGUUACAUUCGCUUCCAUCGGACUGUAUCACAACAUGGGAGCAACUCGAGCAGAAAUUUUUAGAUAAGUAUUUUCCACCAAGCAAGACUGCUUCACUCCGUCACCAAAUCACAAAUUUUACGCAAAAAGAUGGAGAAUCUCUUUUUGAAGCUUGGGACCGAUUUAAAGGACUACUGCAGCAAUGCCCACAUCACGGACUGGAGAAAUGGCUCGUAAUCCAUACCUUUUAUAACGGAAUUUCCUACUCUACUAAAGUCUCUUUAGACUCUGCUGCAGGUGGUGCGCUCAUGAACAAAACCUUAGAGGAGGCAUUCGAUAUUAUCGAAAGCGUGGCAUUGAAUCAUCACCAAUGGGCGAUAGAGAGAGAGAAUCCUGUUCGAUUGGCAGGUAAGUAUGAGGUGAGCGCUUUAGAUAGUCUUGCGGCAAAGGUUGAUGCAUUAACCUAUAAAUUUGAGAAUUUUAAUGUUAAUGCUGUUUCUAGUAUCAUCUGUGAGAUUUGUGGAGUGACAGGACAUUCAGCUAUGAAUUGCCAAAUAAUGGUCACGCAACCUACCGGAGCGCAGGUAGAACAAGUUGAUGCGAUAAAUAACUAUGCUCAAAAGCCAAACAACAAUCCGUAUUCAAAUACCUACAAUCCGGGAUGGAGAAAUCAUCCAAAUUUUUCCUACAGAAAUAGUCAAAAUCAAUCCGGGCAGAAUAAUUAUGGAGCGUCUGGAGGAUUUCAGCAAGAGAAGAAGUCUAACUUGGAAGUUAUGAUGGAAAACUUCAUUGCUACCCAAUCGAAACAAAAUGAUGAAUAUCGACAACACAUGGUGGAAUCUAAUCGGAAGCAUUCAGAGACAGCCGAAGCAAUCUCCCAGAUAUCCGGUCGCCGAUUCGCCCUAGAGAGUACCAGGGAGAUUUUCGGGAAGACCAGAAACAAAUCCUGCGGAGCAUUAGAAGAACACGACCAGGACGUGGUGAUUAGCACGCCCGUGCCAAUCACCGAGAGAUCCUCCAGCGAACAGCACGCCCGUGUCGGAAUGAACAGCACGCCCGUGUCAUUCUCUACUUCUGGAAAAAAAAAUAAAUCUGAAGGCCAAAAAUCCCCACACUUAGAAAAAUACGAACCACCGAUUCCAUUCCCUCAGAGGAUAAUUAAGGCCAAACUUGAUGAACAAUUUGGUAAGUUUCUUGAUGUCCUAAGGAAGUUGUAUAUUAACAUUCCAUUCACAGAAGCCUUGCAGCAAAUGCCCACAUACUCAAAAUUUCUGAAAGACAUAUUGACAAACAAAAGGAAAAUUGAGGAGAGCGUAACGGUGGCACUGACGGAGGAAUGUAGUGCUUUAAUUCAAAACAGGUUACCUCCUAAACUCAAGGAUCCAGGUAGUUUUUCAAUCCCAUGCAUGAUUAGGAAUCAUAACUUUGAUAAAGCUUUUUGUGAUCUAGGAGCUAGUGUCAAUCUUAUUCCAUUUUCACUGUGUAAGAAAUUAAACUUGGGUGAAUUGAAAAUUACAACACUAGCUUUGCAACUUGCUGAUCGCUCUGUGAGAUAUCCUUUAGGUAUAUUGGAAAAUGUACCUGUCACGGUUGGGAAAUUUGUCGUUCCUGCAGAUUUUGUUGUUCUAGAAAUGGAUGAAGAUCCAUACAUACCUAUUAUACUAGGAAGACCUUUCUUGGCCACUGCAGGAGCCGUAAUUGAUGUUAAAAAUCACAAGCUGUCGUUAGCCGUAGGUAGCGAAAAAAUUGAGUUUGAUUUGUCUAAAGCUAUUAAACAACCCUUCCUGCAGAAUGUGUGUUGCAGGAUUGAUGAGGUGCAGAUGGUUGAAGAAGAGGAAGAACCGUUUCUCGGAUUCAGCGAUACACUGGAUGCAUACUCGGAUGAUGAAGACGUUGCAAAGAGCAGUGAAGAUGGAGGACAAAUCAACCUUGUGCGGCAUAUGACUGAAGAAGCGAGGUUAGAACAAAAAUCAUUGGAAAGUGAAAACCAUGAAUCACCGCAGGUAGAACUUAAACCUCUUCCAUCAACCCUCAGGUAUGAAUUUCUUGGUGAUAAUUCUACAUUCCCCGUGAUUGUAAAUGCGAGUUUAAAUGAAGUAGAUACUGAAAAGCUGCUCCAUGUGCUUAGAAUGCAUAUUAAAGCCAUAGGAUAUACCAUUGAAGACAUAAAAGGGAUUAGCCCUUCAUUAUGCAUGCAUAGAAUUUUGCUCGAGAAAGAUUUUAAACCUUCAGUUGAGAGACAGAGGAGGCUUAAUCCUAACAUGAAAGAAGUGGUCAAGAAAGAGGUUUUGAAAUUACUAGAUGCAGGAAUAAUUUAUCCAAUCUCUGAUAGUGAAUGGGUAAGUCCGGUUCAUGUUGUGCCAAAGAAAGGUGGGAUGACAGUAGUUAGAAAUUCAAAUAAUGAGUUGAUUCCCACUAGGACGGUUACGGGGUGGAGAAUGUGUAUUGACUAUCGGAAAUUAAACAAAGAAACUAGGAAAGAUCACUUCCCACUUCCAUUCAUUGAUCAGAUGUUAGAAAGGUUGGCAAAACACUCCUAUUUCUGUUUUCUAGAUGGGUAUUCUGGUUUUUAUCAAAUCCCUAUACAUCUAAAUGACCAGGAAAAAACCACGUUUACAUGUCCUUAUGGUACCUUUGCCUAUAGGAGAAUGCCUUUUGGUCUUUGCAAUGCACCAGCUACCUUUCAACGUUGUAUGAUGGCUAUUUUUUCUGAUAUGAUUGAGAAUAUUAUGGAAGUUUUUAUGGAUGAUUUUUCAGUCUAUGGUACUAACUUUGAUACUUGCUUAAACAAACUUGAGCGAGGAAUUGAAGUAGACACGGCAAAGGUGGAAGUAAUUGAAAAUCUACCUCCACCGACAAACGUUAAGGGAGUGCGAAGUUUUUUAGGACAUGCAGGAUUCUACCGGCGUUUCAUCAAAGAUUUAUCAAAGAUCUCUAAACCUUUGACAAAUUUGUUAAUUAAGGAAACUGAAUUUCUUUUUGAUGAAAAUUGUUUGGAUGCUUUUUCCAGGUUGAAGGAAGCUUUGAUCUCAGCUCCGAUAAUGCAAGUUCCCGAUUGGACCUUACCUUUUGAAAUCAUGUGUGAUGCGAGUGACUAUGCAGUGGGAGCAGUCUUGGGACAAAGAAGAGACCGGAAGGUACAUGCGAUCUAUUAUGCUAGCCGAACUCUGGAUGAUGCUCAAAUGAACUACGCAACUACGGAGAAGGAACUCUUAGCAAUUGUUUUUGCCUUGGAUAAAUUCAGAUCAUACCUCGUUGGCUCUAAGGUUAUUGUUUACACAGAUCACGCGGCCAUAAGAUAUCUAUUGAGCAAAAAGGAUGCUAAGCCAAGGCUCAUAAGAUGGAUUCUUCUUUUGCAAGAAUUUGAUUUAGAAAUAAAGGAUAAGCAGGGAACUGAGAAUGUGGUAGCGGAUCACCUAUCAAGACUAUAUCAGGGACAGAGUGGGACCAAGGAGGAAGAUCUUCCAAUUGAUGACUGUUUUAUAGAUGAACAUCUCCUUGCUAUAAAAAGGAUUGAUUCUCCAUGGUACGCAGACUACGCAAAUUUUCUUGCUUGUGGAAUUUUACCUCAUCAGAUGAGUUACCAACAGAGAAAGAAGUUUUUUGGCGAUAUCAAGAGCUAUGUAUGGGAUGAUCCACUGCUUUUCAAGAAGUGUGCUGAUACUAUUUACAGGAGAUGUGUACCGGAGGAUGAAAUUUGUGAUAGAUGCCAAAGGACGGGGAACAUUUCCAAGAGACAUGAGAUGCCACUGAAUUCAAUUCUAGAAGUUGAACUUUUCGAUGUUUGGGGGAUUGAUUACAUGGGACCAUUUCCCCCGUCUCAUAACAAUAUCUACAUUCUGGUAGCAGUGGACUACGUAUCAAAGUGGGUUGAAGCUAUACCAUCUCCAACGAAUGACGCGAAGACUGUGAUAAAACUUUUUAAGAAAAUCUUAUUUCCUAGAUUUGGAAUUCCUCGAGCGGUGAUUAGCGAUGGAGGUUCACACUUCAUUGAAAGACAAUUUGAAAAUCUUCUCAAAAAGUUUGGAGUAACUCAUAAGAUUGCCUCUCCGUAUCACCCCCAAACCAGUGGACAAACUGAAGUGGCCAACCGGCAAAGAUAUGAGGACAUUCCCCGAUCUGAUGCUUCCAUCCUCCAACUGAAGGGCAUGAGGGCGUUCCUCGGUUCUUCAGAGACCAAUCCAUCUUCAUCUUCACAUCACGUUUCUGGAUUGUCAAGAUUUGCUCUGUUUUUCGGCGGCUGGAGAAUUCAGAUGAUUUCGAGCUCGAGAGGUGUUCCUAGUAGCUUUGGACUUCACCUAGAUGAGCUAUGGAUUCAGUGGGUUGCUGUGAUUUCUCGAGAGGCGUUCCCAGGAGCAAGCACAGUGGCACAACAGUGA